AUUAUGUAUUUAUUAAACUAACAUUUUAAGUCAUUAAGAUAAUGAAUCAAUAAUAGAUAUCAUUAAAUCUUAUUAAUAUUAUUGUCGUUUAGGCAGAAAAUGCCGUGUAGUUCUAUAAAUAGCGUGAUUUUAAUACGGAAUCUCGCGUUCGUUUCAGCUUUCAAAGUUAAAAAUCUGAGCUUGGCAACAUCGCUACGACGAAAUUUACACAAAUCACCAAAAACUUAUUAUUUUCACGAUCCAAUUGACGGUUUUAAAAAUUCUUGUACAAAAUUUAUGAAAAUGAGCGUACAAAGCACCGUUGAAGAUUUAACGCAAAUUUGUAUAGAACUUCGUAGUGUUGUUGAAUCUACUGAAGAUGAAAGUGAAAAGGAACAAAUCGUUUUAAAGCACAUCAAAGCUUACGCAGAAUCAGGACUACGAGUUAAUGAUUUUGAAAGAGGUUUGGAGUGGUUUAAUGUUUUGGAAAGUCUGUCUCUAUACAAGCACCUUGAUAAUAAAAUUGUAAUCCUAGAUUUCUUUACUUACUGUUGCAUAAAUUGUAUGCAUAUUUUGCCAGAUUUAGAUGCCUUAGAAAAAAGAUUUUCUGUACAAGAUGGUCUUGUUGUUAUUGGUGUGCAUAGUGCAAAAUUUGUCAAUGAACGAGAUUCUAGUAAAAUUAUGUCAGCAGUUCAAAGAUAUAACAUAGGACAUCCUGUCGUAAACGAUGCAAAACUGUCAAUGUGGCGAGACAUUGGUAUUGUUUGCUGGCCCAGUUUAGUCAUGUUAGGUCCCAAAGGGCAGCCCCUUUUUGUUUUAGUAGGCGAAGGACAUAAAGAGGAAUUAUUUUUGUAUACAAAAGUUGCUUUGAAAUAUUUUAUGUCGUUGAAGCAAAUUUCAAAAGAAAUUAUACCUCUAAAACUUGCACAACAUAUUUUGCCUAUGCACAAAGGUAGUUUGCUAUUUCCUGGAAAAAUUCAUACAUUUCAAGAUGAAUUUGGGGAAAAGUUAGUUAUUUCAGACACAGGCAAUAAUCGUAUUUUAGUUAUGGAAAAAGAUGGUAAAGUUGAACAUGUUAUUGGUGGAUAUUCUCCUGGUUUUCAAAACGGAGACUUUGAAACAGCACGAUUUAAUGCACCACAAGGUGUUUGUGCAUUUAAUAAUAAUAUAUUUGUAGCUGAUAAUGAAAAUCAUGCCAUCAGACAAAUUAAUUUAGAGGAAAAAAUGGUAACUACCAUUGCUGGGACAGGUCAUCAAGGACGUGAUUAUAUUGGAGGUAAAAUUGGAAAAGAACAAGAACUAUCAUCUCCGUGGGAUGUUUCUAUUUAUGAGCAUGACCAAGACGGAAUAAUUGUUCCAGUACUUUUAAUAGCUAUAGCAGGAACACAUCAAAUUUGGGCUCUGUUCUUAGAAGACACAAUUUGGUGGAAGAAAAAACAAUAUAAAGCUGGAACGUGUGCUAGUAUCAUUGGAAAUGGAAGAGAAGCAAAUAGAAACAAUUCAUAUCCUCAUGCAGCAAGUUUAGCCCAACCUUCAGGGCUCGCGGUAGCUCAAGAAUUAAAAUCAGUUUUUUUUGCCGACAGUGAAAGCAGCACAAUAAGAAAAGUUUGUCUUGAUGAUGGAAAAGUUUUACCAGUUUGUGGAGCUGAUAAUAAUCCAACGAAUUUACAUAGUUUUGGUGAUCAAGAUGGACAAAAAUAUUCAGCAAAGCUGCAACAUCCAUUAGGGAUAGCUUGGAAUAGCUUUGAUAAAAUGAUAUAUAUUGCAGAUACUUAUAAUCACAAAAUAAAAAAAACUGAUGUUGAAGGAAAUUGUGUAACAUUGUGUGGUAGAAAAAAGCCAUCUAAAAUGAAUACAGUAAGCUCCUUUAGUAUGAAAAGUUUGCUCAAAGUUAUGAAGAAUACAAAUGAAUCUUUAGUGGAGAACAUUACCUUUCAGUUUGAUGAGCCAAGUGGGUUAGCUCUAAAUAAAAAUGGAAAUGUAUUAUAUGUUACAGAUACAAACAAUCAUUGUAUUAAAGCAAUUGAUUUAUCUAAUGUGCAAAACAUAUGUGAGAUUCCCGUAGUCCUUCCAGCUAAGGCAUGGAAUAGAGGAGAAAAUACAUAUAAUUUUACAUCAAAAAUCAGUACAAAUAGCGCAAAUUUAUCCAUAUCGUUUCAUCCUGUAUUUAGCGAUGAUUUGAAAUUGAAUACUGAAGCGCCCCAAAGGUGGUCCUUAAAGUUACCGUCAAGUGACUGGGAAACUUCAGAAUCAAGUGGAAAUCUGUUAACUCCAUUAUCCAUAAAAAUACCGCUAGGUACAGAACAGAAACAGAUUCACAUUAUGCUGAAUAUUAUGACGUGUAAAAUCACAGAAUGUAUUCCGAAAAAUCUGUCAAUUGUAUAUACGAUCAUUAGAGAUUCUGAUGCACCAACAAACGUUAUUGAGAAAAGAGAAUUGAAUAUUAGAUAAUUUAUUAUCAUGUUUUUCCAUUGCAGUUAUUGUUCGAUAAUACAUACAUAUACUCACAUAUAUACUGUUAUAACUAUUAAAAAUUUAUUUACAACAAUUUAGAUAAGCA